CAAAAACAAAAAAAACAUAUAUUAUUAUUGUUAUUAUUGAAGAACAAUAAUAAUGGAGGGUCAUCAUCAACAUCAUCAACAACCACAACAACAUCUUCUUCAACAAAUUCUUCUACCCCAUCAUCAACAACAAAAUAUGAUAAUAAACGUGGAUGGUGGUGGAGGAAUUAGUGACAGGUUUCCACAGUGGAGCAUACAAGAGACAAAAGAGUUUCUAAUGAUACGUGCGGAGCUUGAUCAAACUUUCAUGGAGACAAAGAGGAACAAGCAAUUGUGGCAAGUCAUAUCCAAUAAUAUGAAGGAAAAGGGUUACCACAGAAGUGCAGAACAGUGCAAGUGCAAAUGGAAAAACCUUGUUACCCGCUAUAAGGGAUGUGAAACAAUGGAGCCAGAAGCAAUGAGACAACAAUUCCCAUUCUACAAUGAAAUUCAAGCAAUUUUCACAUCAAGAAGCAUGCAAAGAAUGCUUUGGGGUGAAGGUGAAGGAACUUCAAAGAAGAACAAACCCAUGCAAUUCUCAUCCGAAGAAGAAGAAGAAGAAGACAACGAUGAAGAGAGUGAAGAACAUCAAAAGGGUAGUACUAGAAUGAGAAGAAAAAAGAAGAAAGCAAAGAUAAGUAGUGGGAACAAUAAGAAUAGUGGUGAUUUUCUGAAUAAUUUGAAGGAGAUUCUUGAGGAGUUCAUGAGGCAACAGAUGCAAAUGGAGGCGCAAUGGAUGGAGGCGUUCGAGUCGAGGGAGAAGGAGAGGAGGAUGAAGGAGAUGGAGUGGAGGCAAACAAUGGAGGCUUUGGAGAAUGAGAGGAUAAUGAUGGAUCAAAGAUGGAGAGAGAGGGAAGAACAAUGGAGGGUUAGGGAAGAAGUUAGGGCUCAAAAUAGAGAUGAACUAAUCACAACCCUCUUACACAAACUACAACAACAAAGUGAAGAUGAUUUUUAGUAAUCUUGUCUUGUUUUGCUUCUUGUUAUGUCUUCAAUUCUCAAAGGAAAGCUUAAUUUUGGAGGUUUGUAGAAAG